AUGGGAAAGACAGGGCAAAGUUCUGUGGAGAUCAACUCUCCAAGUGAUGAUAAGCAAGCUAUACCAUUUGAGGAUAUAGACCUUGACAACCCUGAAAAGCCAAAAAAGACCCUUCCUGAACGAGGGACUUGGAAGGGCAAGUUCGAUUUCCUGCUUUCUUGUGUUGGUUAUGCCAUUGGAUUGGGAAAUGUUUGGCGGUUUCCGUACCUCUGUGGCAAAAAUGGGGGAGGUGCAUUUUUGAUUCCUUAUUUCAUGACGCUGAUUUUUGCUGGAAUUCCACUCUUCCUACUUGAGACAGCUCUAGGACAAUACACUUCUGUUGGUGGCCUGGGGGUCUGGAAGCUGGCCCCUAUGUUCAAAGGUGUCGGCCUGGCAGCUGUUGUACUCUCCUUUUGGCUUAAUAUCUACUACAUUAUCAUCAUUGCCUGGGCAUUGUAUUAUCUGUUCUGCUCCUUCAAAUCAGAAUUGCCAUGGCAGACAUGUGACAAUCCUUGGAACACUGCGAGCUGCUUCUCAAACUAUUCCAUCCUAGACACCAACAACAUGACCAGUGCAGUCACUGAAUUUUGGGAACGUAACAUGCAUCAGAUAACUGGAGGAUUAGAUGAACCUGGCAAUGUGAGGUGGCCCCUCGCUGGCACUCUUGCUCUGGCAUGGGUGCUUGUCUACUUUUCCAUUUGGAAGGGAGUGGAAUGGACAGGGAAGGUUGUAUACUUCUCAGCUACUUAUCCAUAUUUUAUGCUGUUCAUCCUUUUUUUUCGUGGUAUAACAUUACCUGGAGCAAAAGAAGGGAUCCUUUUUUAUAUAACUCCAGAUUUCAGCAAACUGACCAGUUCAGAGGUUUGGUUGGAUGCAGCAACUCAGAUCUUCUUUUCAUAUGGCUUGGGUUUGGGUUCAUUAAUUGCCCUUGGAAGCUAUAAUCCCUUCCAUAAUAAUGUCUACAAGGACUCGAUCAUUGUUUGCUGUAUAAACUCUAGUACUAGUAUGUUUGCAGGUUUUGUUAUUUUCUCCAUCAUUGGAUUCAUGUCUCAGAUUACAAAGAAACCCAUUCAGGAGUUGGCAGCCUCAGGUCCUGGUUUGGCAUUCCUUGCCUAUCCACAAGCUGUCACUCAGCUGCCCAUGUCCACGUUGUGGUCUAUUCUUUUCUUUUCUAUGCUAAUGAUGUUGGGAUUAGACAGCCAGUUCUGCACAGUUGAAGGCUUUGUUACAGCCCUCAUGGAUGAAUAUCCAGAGAUAUUAAGGAAGAGAAAAAAAAUAUUCAUUGCUGUAGUCUGUGCUGUUUCUUAUGUAAUUGGCUUCUCAAAUAUUACACAGGGUGGACUGUAUGUUUUCAAGUUGUUUGAUUACUACUCUGCCAGUGGGAUGUGCCUGUUGUUCCUUGUUUUCUUUGAAACUAUUUCCAUUUCUUGGUGUUACGGGGUUAAUCGAUUUUAUAAUAACAUUGAAGAAAUGAUUGGCUACAAGCCCUGCAACUGGUGGAAACUGUGUUGGAAAUAUUUCACUCCCAUGGUCUGCUUGGGAGUCUUUCUUUUCAGUGCUGUUGAGAUGACUCCACUCACCCUUGGCAAGUAUGUGUACCCCACCUGGGGCCAAGGAAUUGGCUGGUUUAUGGCUUUAUCUUCAAUGGUAUUCAUUCCAGGAUACAUGAUCUACUUGUUCUUCACAAGCAAGGGAGGCAUAAGACAGCGCUUAUACAAGAUGAUCCAUCCUAAAGAUGAGGAGCAGAUCCAGAAAAAUGGACUGAAGCCAAACAUUUCUUUAACUGAGAGCUUAGAUGAUGCACUUGUAUAA